UUCCAGCUUAGUACAUACGCAAAUUUGAAGAAGAGCAGAUGAGUCUAGAUUGUCCGAUUAAACUCCAUAUUUCCACGCAGCAGAGACUUCAAUUCCUCUUGUCUCUGACUCUGUUUUGGAAGCCAUGACCAGCUCUGCUGCUCCUUCACGGAAUGCUCUAAGCAAGAUCGCCUGCAAUCGGCUUCAGAAAGAGCUCGUGGAGUGGCAGGUUAAUCCUCCUGCAGGAUUUAAGCACAAAGUUACUGAUAAUCUGCAAAGAUGGGUGAUCGAAGUCAACGGUGCUCCAGGGACUCUGUACGCAAAUGAAACAUACCAGCUUCAAGUUGAUUUUCCCGAGCAUUACCCUAUGGAGGCACCACAGGUGAUUUUUCUCUCACCAGCUCCUCUGCACCCCCACAUUUAUAGCAACGGCCAUAUCUGCUUAGAUAUCCUGUAUGAUUCAUGGUCUCCAGCCAUGACUGUGAGCUCUAUCUGUAUCAGCAUUCUAUCGAUGUUAUCAAGUUCAACUCUCAAGCAACGCCCAGCAGAUGAUGAUCGGUAUGUGAAGAACUGUAGAAAUGGUAGAUCUCCCAAGGAGACGAGAUGGUGGUUCCACGAUGAUAAAGUUUAAUGGUAUUAAACGAGUAUCUAAUACCUAUGUAUAAAAACUGGGUUUUAGUAAUUGAUCAGGGAUUAUGUAGGGGGGACUGGCACGAGCCAUGUACCCCUGCAAGCUGUGGGAACCCUAACAUUUUUCACAGCUGUGUAUGAUUUAUCACAUGCAAAGUAAUGGAUUUGAACGGGUUGCAUUCA